AAAGAGAAUAGAAAUUGAAAUUUGGUUCGCCUGCCUUCUUCCCCGCGAAGACAAAAGCCAGCAGCCCUUCGGAGAUUUCAAGGGACUCGCCUCUCGGCCCCUCCGAAGCUCUCCCCUUCUUGACCUAUCUCUCUCUUCAAAAGCUUCGUCAAUCGAUUGAGCAGAAACUGUAAGAGCUGCCCAUUCAUUUGAUCGGAGAGCAUUUUGCCGAUGGAAACGAUUCCCUCCUCGCGAAUCAGGUCGCAUGCAACCGCUUUGCCGUCCCAUUCUACGCAAUCUUCGUCAGUCCAUGGACGGAACGGGACGGCCACGCUGCCUCUAGCUCCGAAGAAGUUUCUGCCGGCUAAGGCUUCGUGUCGUCGGAAGUCCAGCAUAAAUGCCCUGGUCGGCUUGCAAGAUGGGGCAGUAGCUGCAGCGGUAAAUCCAGUGGAAAAGGAAGUGCCAUUCAAGACAUUGAAAGAUGGAUUGUUGGCUUUCACGUCCUUGGAGGAAAAUAAAGAUACCAACGGGGACGGAGAUAGUGUCAGUAUUACUGUUGUUGGGGCAUCAGGGGACCUUGCUAAAAAGAAGAUCUUCCCUGCACUUUUUGCACUUUUUUAUGAAGGCUGUCUACCUCAGCACUUCACCAUAUAUGGUUAUGCUCGAAGCAAGAUGACUGAUGUGGAACUCAGGAACAUGGUCAGCAAAACUCUUACUUGCAGGAUCGAUAAGAGAGAGAACUGCGCCGAAAAGAUGGAUCAGUUCCUCAAGAGAUGCUUUUACCACUCGGGUCAGUACGAUUCUCCGGAGAACUUUGUCGAGCUCGACAAAAAGCUGAAGCAACAUGAGGGUGGGAGAGUUUCUAAUCGCCUCUUCUAUUUGUCGAUACCUCCAAAUAUAUUUAUUGAUGCCGUGAGAUGUGCAAGCUCGUCGGCUUCAUCUGGCAACGGGUGGACUCGAGUCAUUGUUGAGAAACCUUUUGGUCGGGAUUCAGAAUCUUCAGCUGCAUUGACAAAAUCUCUCAAACAAUACUUGGAUGAGGAUCAAAUAUUCAGGAUAGACCACUAUCUUGGAAAAGAGCUGGUCGAGAACUUAUCCGUACUACGUUUCUCUAAUCUUAUUUUUGAACCGCUGUGGUCGAGGCAGUAUAUAAGGAAUGUGCAGCUGAUAUUUUCCGAAGAUUUUGGCACUGAAGGACGUGGAGGGUAUUUUGAUAACUAUGGUAUAAUAAGAGAUAUCAUGCAGAAUCAUCUGCUUCAAAUACUAGCCCUAUUUGCUAUGGAAACUCCAGUCAGCUUAGACGCAGAAGACAUAAGAAACGAAAAGGUGAAAGUUCUACGGUCCAUGAGGCCUUUAACUCUGGAUGAUGUAGUUAUAGGUCAAUACAAGAGUCACACGAAGGGAGGAAUUACUUAUCCUGCCUACACAGAUGACAAGACUGUCCCGAAGGACAGUUUGACUCCAACUUUUGCUGCUGCCGCGCUCUUCAUAGAUAACGCGAGAUGGGAUGGGGUGCCUUUCCUGAUGAAAGCCGGAAAGGCAUUACAUAACAAGAGGGCUGAGAUCAGAGUACAGUUCAGGCAUGUGCCUGGCAAUCUGUAUAACCGAAUUAUUGGGACGGAUCUUGAUCUGGCCACAAACGAGCUUGUUAUCAGAGUGCAGCCCGAUGAGGCUAUUUACUUGAAGAUAAACAACAAGGUGCCCGGUCUCGGAAUGAGAUUGGACCGCAGUAAUCUGAAUCUGCAUUAUGCUGCAAGGUACUCCAAGGAGAUCCCAGAUGCAUAUGAGAGGCUCCUGCUCGAUGCAAUUGAAGGGGAGAGGAGGCUCUUCAUCAGAAGCGAUGAACUCGAAGCGGCAUGGGCUCUCUUCACGCCUCUAUUGAAAGAGUUGGAAGAGAAGAAGACUAUACCCGAGUACUAUCCUUAUGGGAGUCGAGGACCUGUUGGGGCCCACUACCUUGCAGCUAGAUAUAAUGUUCGAUGGGGCGACCUCACGGUAGACCAGUGAUCCUCAGGGGAACCGUCGCAUAGAGAGUCGAACCGAAAGGCAGCAACGAGACGGUUUCUUACAAACCCGAUGACCUGUUUGGUUUAGUCCAAAUUAGUGAGGUAGAAGGUUUUUUUGUGAAAGACUAGGGAAGAGCAUUAGUUGCGAGGGUAUUCAACAACAAUAAAAGCCAUAUCAAUCCUCUCUGUUCCUCUCAAUCUGGACAAGCUCCUUCUAUUUUGAGGCGUCCCUCGCAUCGUCAUUAAUGGUGAGACCAAAAUAUAAAUCCGAUAUAUCGUGGAUUUGGGAUUUGAAGGAAGCCCUUCUUCACGCUUCGAGGGAAUAAUUCUCGUCAUGAAAGAGAGAUUGAUUCUUGUUAGCAUGAUAGGUCAACUCAAGUUGCACGAAGCAAUAUGCACCGAGGAAUUAAAUUGGGUCUUCUCUUCA